GCUAAAAACAUAGUACUACAGUAUAAAACAACAGAUCCAAGGCCUUUAUUUGAGCAACUCUGUCUGUCUGCAAUAACAAAUUAACCAAUUUUAUCAUCAAUGUCGACAAAGCCGAGGUUGGAGGGUAAGGUUGCACUGAUAACCGGUGCAGCUAGCGGCAUUGGCGAGGAGACAGUGAGAUUAUUCGCCGAGCACGGAGCCUUUGUCGUCGCCGCUGAUGUCCAAGAUAAACUAGGGCAACAAGUUGUAGAAUCAUUAGGCCAAGACAAAGCUACAUAUCGCCACUGCGAUGUUAGAGACGAAAAGCAAGUAGAAGAAACAGUAAACUACACUUUGGAGAAAUAUGGAAAGAUUGAUAUUUUAUUUAGCAAUGCAGGAAUUAUAGGCCCAUUAGCAGGAAUUUUAGAACUCGACAUUAAUGGUUUUGACAACACAAUGGCCACCAACGUACGUGGCGUCGCCGCCACAAUCAAACACGCCGCUCGUGCCAUGGUGGCUAAAAAGAUUCGUGGAUCUAUUAUAUGUACAGCCAGCGUUGCAUCUUCUCUUGGUGGCGCCGGACCACAUGCCUACGUAAUUUCGAAGCAUGCUCUGGUGGGUUUGGUUAAAACGGCCUGUGGUGAGUUAGGUGCUUAUGGGAUCAGAGUAAAUUGUAUAUCGCCGUUCGGCGUUGCUACUCCGCUUUCUUGUACGGCGUACAAUUUGAAACCUAGCGAAGUUGAAGCUAAUACUAGUGCGUUGGCCAAUUUGAAAGGGGUUAUAUUGAAGGCUAAACAUAUAGCAGAUGCUGCUUUGUUUUUGGCUUCUGAUGAAUCGGCCUAUAUCAGUGGACAUAAUUUGGCCGUUGACGGUGGAUUCACGGUGGUUCAUCAUGGAUUUUCAACCAUCUAGAUUAAGGUUAUUAGUAGUAUACUCGUACAAUUGAAUUUUAUGAUAUGUUUUGGGUCAAACCUUGUUAUAAGGAAUUGCCAUGUGCAUUUUCCUUGCAAUAUGCUAUUCUUUUCUACUUUAAUAUUUAUGUAUUAA